AUGCCGAAGCGACACAAGGCGAGUGGGCCCAGCGAGUGGCUUCCACGAAUGAUGUCCGGCAGGAAGCGCGGUCAUCCACGCGGCCAGAUCCAAACGCCAAGUGUCGCAGAUAGCAGGGCCAGCGCUUCAGGAUCGGCUGGCGUCCGACUUCACGAUCGUGAGCCAGUCGAUCGCGAAACUCCCGCCGUCGUCGUACGACCAGACGGGGGUUCGGACGUGCCGCUGACUUUGCACUCUGCUCUCAAAGGGAUCGGCUCCGAGGCCAACCAUGGUAAGCUCAGCCGUGAGAUCCCAGGACCGCGCGACGACAAGGGUAGAAAACACAAGAAGGAAAAGAAGAGCAAGAAGGACAAGAAACACAAGACAGGCAGGAAGGACAAGAAGAAGAGGAAGCACAGUGAUGAAGCGAAAGAUGCAGAAAUUCGAACAGACUCCAUGGAGCGGUUGCGAGAAGCUCUUGACUUGCUAGCGACCAGGCUCCAGGCAGGCGCUUGCUAG